AUGAGUCGGAUCCAGUUUUCGUACCAUUUCUACAAGAUCCAGGUCUCUGGAAAGGGGCAGUGUCAGAUUCCAAUGUUGCUGCUCAACAAGAAGGUCUUGCGUCAUAUUGCUCUUUUCUCAAAUAUGGGGGUGUUCAGGCUUGUACAAGGUCCUAUUGUGGAAAAAGGACUUCCCUCAACAAGACCAGCGGCCAAAACAAAUGCGCUGGAAGCUCUUCUACUCUGUGUCGAAUUAGACAAGGCAGAUCCGGUUAUUGAGGAAAUAGUCCCUAUCUUGUCGCACAAAGUACCCAAGGUGAUUGCAGCGGCAUUAAGCGGACUGAAAGCCAUUUAUCACAACUUCGGCUGCAAGAUUGUCGAUCCUAAACCAGUCCUAAAGGCCUUACCCAAGGUAUUCGGGCACGCAGAUAAAAAUGUUCGUGCGGAAGCGCAGAAUCUCACAGUCGAACUGUAUCGAUGGUUGAAAGAGGCUAUCAAACCGCUGUUCUGGGGAGAGCUUAAACCUGUCCAGCAACAGGAUCUGGAAAAGCUGUUCGAAAACGUCAAGCAAGAACCGGCGCCAAAGCAAGAGAGAUUCACAAAAGCGCAACAGGACGCGAUGGCUGCAGCUAGUGCUGCUCCAGAAGGCGGUGAUGGUGACGGGGAAGCUGGAGAGGUCUACGCAGAUGAAGAUGAUGGCGAGGUAGAUGCAUUCGAUCUUGCUGAGCCAGUCGACGUCUUCUCCAAAAUACCAAAAGACUUUAAUGAGCAGUUGGCAUCAUCGAAGUGGAAAGACAGGAAGGAGGCGCUGGACGCUCUGUAUACUGCACUGAACGUCCCGCGAAUCAAGGAUGGGCCGUUUGACGAUAUUGUCCGAGGUCUUGCAAAAUCCAUGAAAGACGCAAACGUCGCAGUCGUAACUGUCGCCGCCAACUGUAUCGAUCUCCUCGCAAAAGGUCUGCGGGGUGGCUUCGCGAAACACCGAUCCACCAUCAUGCCGCCUAUCAUGGAACGAUUGAAAGAGAAAAAGCAGACCGUCGCAGAGGCUCUGGGGCAAGCUUUGGAUGCGGUCUUUGCAUCGACAAAUCUAUCGGAAUGUCUAGAGGAAAUUCUAGAAUUUCUCAAACACAAGAACCCGCAGGUGAAGCAGGAGACUCUGAAAUUCCUGAUUCGCUGCCUUCGAACCACUAGAGACGUUCCGUCGAAAGCUGAAGUGAAAUCUAUUGCCGAGGCCGCCACAAAAUUGCUGACUGAGUCUACUGAAGUCAACCGUGCAGGAGGAGCUGAGAUUUUGGGUACCUUGAUGAAGAUCAUGGGCGAGCGUGCGAUGACCCCUUACCUGGACGGACUUGAUGAUAUCAGGAAGACAAAGAUCAAGGAAUUUUUCGAGACAGCCGAAGUAAAAGCAAAAGACAGACCGAAGCCUAUCGUUGGGCCGCCAAAGGCCGUUCCUGCCGCCGGUAAAAAGGUUGUUGGAGGGAAGAGGCCGGCUGUGGGAAUGAAGAAGCCUGCACCAGCUGCUGCGGCGCCUCCACCAGAGGAGCCUGCACCGGCCCUUUCUCCUCCAAAGCCUGCUACAAGGUCUAUCCCUUCGAAGUUGGGUGGGGUUCCCAAGCCUGGUGGACUUCCAACUCCAGGCGCUGGACUCAAGCUUCAAAGAAAGCUUGGUGGCCCUGGUGGCCUUGCUUCCCCACAGCGUCGGGUCAUUUCGCCCUCUUCGGAAGAACAGCCUCCAGCGCCAGCUGCACCGAAAUUUGGUCUCGGAAGAGGGCUUGCAGGCCGUCCCAUAGCCAAACCAUCAGCUGCUCCUGAACCAGCUCCAGCUCCAGCUGCACCACCCCAAGUGAGCGGGAUCUCUGCCAUCGAACGGGCUGAACUCGACGAAUUGCGCCUUGAAAGAGAAAGGUUCCUUCGGAUGAUUGAGGACUUGAAGUCUGACAGGACUCGACUCAACUCGCAAGUGACGGAGCUUCAAGAUCAAAAUGCACAACUCAUUGAGGAUCAUACAAGGGACGUUCUAAGUAUCAAAGCCAAGGAAACGCAGUUGGUUCGAGCCAGAAGUGAUGCAGAAGCGGCUGAGCAGACGGUUCAGAAGCAGCAAAGGGAAAUUGAUCGUUUAAAGCGUGAAUUGGCCAGAGCUCUCCGGGCCAGCGCUCAGAGUCCUCCCAACAAUCUUUCAGAUAAUAUGAAUUUGCCAGUACCUGAGACAACGUCGAUAUACCAUGAAACAGGUAUCAACGGCUAUGGUGCAAUGCCCAGAACCAGCAUCCACAUGGGAAGUCGCUUUGAUAGUGCGCGACCUCGGAGCUACGCGUCCGCCAGUCCAAGUGAGGAGAAAGAAAACAACGGUCUGGAGUCACCAGGACCCGGUAGCAGAGAUGGAGGUCUUGGUCGACGGAAACUCAGCCCUUCCUUCGGAACCAACUAUUCCGGGAUGGGCAGUCCAACAAGAUCAUCCAUACCGGGGUCUGGUAGUGCUUCUGGAGAGGAGCAACCGGUGAGGAGCUCAGAACCAGCGGAGAAUUGGAAGAGAGCCGCAGAAGUCACCAGCCAACUCAAGGCGAGGAUUGAACAAAUGAAGGCAAGACAAGGUCUGUCGCGAGGCCCUGCGCAGCGCUAA